AUCGGGUAUUGACUCCUGUGAUUGACUCUGCCCACCUCUGCCUAGAUAGACGUCUGCUCCGUUGGAAUUUAUUUAAAUUAAUAUAAAUAAUUCUUGGGUCAAUAGUCAAUCUCUUUAGAUAUUCUUGAUUCUCUGAUUAUUUUAAUGAAACGUUACAAAUGCGAUUCAUUUUAAAUUCAUAUCGAUUUUUUAUUUAGACUAUAAUGUCUCGUUUAUUUUUUAUUUACGUUGUUUUGUUACCGGCCCUUUUGGUAAGCGGAAGUAAACAGUUUCGCUUAGGCCGGGGAAAGGGUGGUAAUUUGGGGCUCCCAGUAAAAGAUGUAGGCCAUCCCCUACCACGAGCUCGGUGGUUUCAACAGAAACUCGAUCAUGCUUCCCCUACUGAUUUGAGAACAUGGAAACAAAGGUACUAUGUGAAUGAUUCCUUCUACGAUGCAAAUAACCCGGGCCCCGUUUUCCUCAUGGUGGGCGGGGAGGGGCCCGCGGACGCGAAGUGGAUGGUCAAGGGAUCGUGGGUCGAAUACGCAGAGAAGUUUAAAGCUGUAUGUAUCAUGCUGGAACAUCGCUAUUAUGGAGAGAGUCGCCCUACUAAGGAUAUCAGCACAAAAAACUUGCAAUAUCUCUCUUCGUCUCAAGCUCUCGCAGACAUAGCCAACUUCAUCAAUGCAAUGAACGCCAAGUAUGGUUUUGAUACAACUAAAGUGAAAUGGGUGGCUUUUGGUGGCUCAUACCCAGGGUCGCUAGUUGCCUGGCUGAGGAUAAAAUAUCCUCAUCUAGUACAUGCUGCUAUUUCUUCAAGUGGACCUUUGUUGGCAAAAUUGAACUUCAUGGAGUAUUAUGAAGUGGUAGCCGACGCUAUUACGGAAAAGACCGCAAGCUCUGAAUGUGUGAACAGAAUAAAAGAUGCACAUGAACAAAUUAUUACGUUGAUGACAACAAAUCCGGAACAUCUUGAUCAAGAAUUUAGAACAUGCAAACCGCUAAAGGAAGCCUCAGAGGACGACAAAAAGAACUUUUUCAACAGCAUCGCUGAUGAUUUCGCCGAACUUGUUCAAUACAAUGAAGACAACCGUAUCAGCCAAGAUAAGAAAAUGAAGAAUUUCACUAUCAAUACGAUUUGUGAUAUGUUGGUCGAGGAACAAAAUGAAUCAAACAUAUACAUUCAAGUGGGUAAAUUCAACUCAAUUAUUCUGGACAUGUCCAACCAAACUUGCUUAGACUACAGCUACGAUAACAUGAUUCAAGAGCUUAGGAACAUGUCUUAUUCUGCGACUGAAGGAGGACGCCAGUGGAUGUACCAGACUUGCACCGAGUUCGGCUUUUACCAGACAUCGACUGCAGAGGUGGAACUGUUCGGCGAUGAAUUCCCGCUGGAAUUCUUUAUAAAGCAGUGUGAAGAUAUCUUCGGUGACAAAUUCGAUGAAAAGUUCAUUGCAAACAGUGUAGCUUGGACGAACAAUGAGUACGGCGGUCUUGGUAUAACUGCGUCCAGGGUCAUGUAUGUUCAUGGUUCCAUCGAUCCGUGGCACGCUCUCGGAAUCACAAGUACUCAGCAUAUCGACGCUCCCGCUAUCUACGUGAAAGGAACUGCCCACUGCGCUGACAUGUACCCACCCCGCGAUGAGGACCUGCCCGAGCUGGUGCGCGCGCGCAUCGCCAUCCAGAACCAGCUGGCCGACUGGCUCCAGCUGCCCUGACCUUUGUACCCCGAGGACACACACACGGACGGCCUGCUAGAUUUUCUAGGUUUCCUGGACAGAUUCAGGCACAGGGGCAAGCUCUCUCAGAUAAUUGCCAUCUGCUUCAUACCGCACUCGAUGUUGAUUCUCUCCUUCGCUAUGGCCGACGUUUUCAGUGAUCGCUUCAUGCGGGAUUACUGACGCCAGCUUCACCAUCGGAGGAUCAUGUAAUGGAUAAUUAUUAAUCCAUUCGACACUUUCUAUUCGUAAAGUGGCGGCACACAGUGCUAUGGACAAUGACGCUUUUUAAACGUUCCUCUCGCUUCAGCUUUUUGGAUAUAUUUUAAGUGUUUUCUCACAGUGGUUUAUUUACAAGAUAAGAAUAUUGUAAUCCUAGUAUUUAAGAUUUGUCUUAGUUGAUCAUCACAUGCUCAAUUUAAGUACUCACUUAUAGAUCUCGAUUUUUGUUGGGAAGGCUAUUGCUAGAUUUGCCAAAGUUGUGGUUUAUAUCGGGAUGGAGAUUUACGUUUGAAAUAUGGGUAUAAGGGUAAUUUUGUUGGUGACGAGCAAAGCUCGGCUGGCUAGCUAGUAAGGAAGAAUUUAUAUUUUGUUUUAAGGUUUACUUAGUUUAAGCGCGCACUGAGUGUACGACAUACAGGAAUCUUAUUUGUUUAAUCUUUAUUUGCACUAAUUACUAUUGUAAUACUAUAGUAUAGGAUGUGUACUUGGCGUCUUUGUAAGCCAUGACACGUAAAUACGUCAUACAUAUUAUUAGUCUUUAGCAUAGGAACACAAGUAUUUAACCGAUGCGAUGUAGUUAUGUAUUCCCAAGGGCCAAAUCGGGAAGUUUUCAAACCUUUUCCUUCUCUUUCUGAAAGAAGUGAAUAAUUACCGAAUUAUUCACCAUUUAAAUACUUGUGUUAUAAUUUAUCCUAUAUCUCACUGAUACUAUCUUCGACUUGGUGAUAUUUAGAGAUGUCGAGCCAAGUUUCUAUUUUGUAUGCGGUCCUGUAAUCAGGGGCCGCUUUUUAUACGCCUUUCGUAUGUGAUUGGCCUAUUUUAUGCUAUAUUGUAACUAGUCGUAAGACUUUCAAUAAAUAUAUUGGUGUGAA